UCAUAGGAAUUUGUUUCCAUUGGUAUUGGUAGCCAUUUUCCCGAAGAAAACGAAAUUUACAGUCGAGUACAUAUCCAUGUGUCUAUGAUACAAGUAUUCCAUGGCUAUGCACGUGCGAGAGUAUUUGUAUUGUAUAGUUCGGAGGUUACCUCUGCACUCUUAUAAAAACGUACGUAACGUUUCUACUUAUAUACAUCCGUUAUAUUUCCGAGCGACGUCCGUACUUUUAGCAGAACCGCUUCGAAAGAAGAAACGAAUAGAUCCUGCGAUCCUAAGAGCUAGAGAAGAAAAGAGGAAGAAGAAACUGGAGAAACAGAUUCGUCGUUUGGAAAAACGUUCUGGCAUAAUGAAACCGAUCAUGGAAAUAGAUGUUCAAGCUGAACUAGCUAAUAAGAAACACCAAAGAUCCCGUGAUACUAUGCCGUUGUCGAUCGAAGAAAUUAGGAAUAGACAAUCGUUAGAGAAGGAAUGGGCGAAAUAUAAAAAAGACCAAUGGUUAAGGAACUCGCGGAUUAUAAAAUCCAUAAUGUUAUCGCAAGAAAACGCGCUAAAAGAAUUGAAAGCUGCAUCGACGGAGCUUUACGAAAAAGCGGUAGAAGUAUGUAGUUAUAUCGGUGAUUAUGGAUUGAAAAUGGAGCCAGAUAUACAUUCUGAUUUGGCCUUGUUAAAUUGUUACAGUUCGACAAUCAGUAUUUGCCGUAUAACGCUACUGGGCCAUUAUACACUCCACCGAUAAUCGAUUACGACAGUCCUGAUGGUGAAUACACAGAAACUACUGUCAAGUACCUAGGAGAAACGUAAAACGGCGGAAGCAGUCGUGUAC